AUGUCUCAGCCUCAAGAAUCGCAGAAUCCACACCAUAAAAGCUUCAUGGAAAAGUUAUUCACUCAUCAUGGCAGUCGCCACGAGGAAAAUCACCAGGAUGAUACCGUGAAAGACGGGCCUGAGCCGGCACGCAACCCUGGGCACAAGGAAGGCGUGAAGGACAAGUAUGAGAAGUGAGUCGGUGUCUCAAUGCUGGGGCUAUAUAUUGGAGAAUACCAGGGGUUCUCUAGUUUGAAGCCGCUGCAAAAAAUCGCAAACUUGAACGGAUUAUGUGUGAUUGAUUCUCGUUUCUCCAGCAGCGAUGAUAUGAUUGCAGCGAGUGCAGCCCCAGUGGAGAAUCCUACAACACCCACAAACGGACCAUGA